UUUAGUUAUAAAAGAAUAAUGAAGCAUUUAAUUAGAGUGUUUGUAGCUCUACUUUCUUUAACCCUAUCAAAAGCGAGUUGAUCAAGUCUUAAUGUAGGAAAAUCUUGUCAAAAUCAAUGCAUAAAAGUCGAAAGUGUGAGCUCAGAUUCCUUAUUUCCCAAUAAUACUCAAUGGAGGGCUUUAAAAGAUAAGUAUGGGACUAAAAAGUUAAAAGAUAAGUAUGGGAUCAAAAAGCCAACAAACCUUCAAGAUGUCCAAACACAAAUUCCCGACCAGGACAGCCCAGACUCAGAAGAUUGAUUAAUAUUUCCAUUCACAAUUCAAAAAUCCCCGAACAAAUUAGAAUUUAUCAGCGUAGCUAAACCAGCCUCAGAACAGAUAGAAAAUACUUCAGAGGAUCUCGAAGAAGACUGGCUAUAUGCUGCAACCGAAGGAUUUUCGUACAGUUUUUGAUUUAUCUUCCUGUCAGAAAUAGGAGAUAAGACCUUCUUGUUCAUCAUCCUCUAUGCUACAAAGAUGAAUGGACUGAAAUUGCUGCUAAUUUCUUCAAUAGGACUUUGAGGAAUGCAUACCAUAGGAACUGCAGUUGGAGGAAUUUUUCAAUUAUUCUUCGAUCAAUUUUGGCUAAAGAUAAUCACUGUGACUUCUUUCUUUAUUUUUGGAAUUGCCCUGAUUUAUAUGGGCAUCACUGAUCAUGAAGAAGAGCAAGAUUUUGAUGAUAAAAUGCAAGAAAUAGCCAAAGAAAUGAUUCCUGAAGAUGAGAGGCAAUUUAAAGCAAAUCAAAAACAGGUUUUUGAGAAAGAAAAUUUUGAAACAUUCAAUAUGGGCAGUACUGAAAGUGGUGAUUCAGAGGAAGAUAACAAUUGUAAUUUUGUUAAGACUCAUGGACAGAGUAUAGUUACAAAAACUCACAAAAUGCUUGCUUUCAAUCAAGCAAUAAAAAUAAUCUGAACAAUUUUUGUCACAGAGAUGGGAGAUAGAUCUCAAUUCUCAGCAAUAGGCCUUGCUACCCAAUACUCAUAUUGGAUAGUCACUCUCGCAGGAUCAAUUGGACAUAUUUUUGCUCUUUCCCUAGCAAUACUUUUUGGAAGAGCAAUAUCGAGCUAUGCAACAGAAAAAUGUAUAAAUCUAAUCGGAGGAGUCAUGUUCCUGGUCUUUGCAACAUACUCUUUGAUUGUCUACUAUGCAAUUUAGAUUCCUUAAGCAAUUCAUGAUUUCAUCAAAUCAAUA